CACAGAGCCGAGCAGAAGAGCCGAGUGGUGCUGGCAGGAGCCUGAGCCCAACGAUAAACUCUGGCAUCAGCUUCCCUUCAUCCGGCAGUGAGCGAGGACACAGUGAGGGCGUAGGGGCAGAGGGACAGGGAUGGAGAAAGAGUGACAGAAAGAGAGGGAAGUGUGAGAGAGAGGCAGAGAGAGACAAACCAGGCCGAUAGACAAAGAGGGAGAGGCUGUCAUAAGAAUCACACAGCUCCUUUUUCACAGUAGCAGCUCAGUUGAUCUGUCUGCUGCCUCCCGAUGCAGGCGAAUGCUGAAGGGGAUGACGGGUGGUGUGUUACGGCAGCAUAGCUAUCUGAGUGAUGGUAGCGGCCGCAGCAGCAUCACAAUCCGAAGCAGAGGCUCUUCUUGCCACUCUGGCUCUUAGUCAUCUUCGGCGUCCGCUCUCCCUUCUCAGAGUGCUAUCAGGGCCAUUCAUCGUUCCCAUCUCAUGCCUCCUGCCUCCUCCACAGCUUCAUCCUCCACUUCUACUCCUCCUCUGAUGAGCCACAGCCUCAGAGUGAAAUAACCCUGCUAAUAGAAGCUUCUCCCUCUGUCAAGACAGUGCCAUGUGUGAUUGGCCAGCAUACCCUGUGGCAGUGGCAUCGCCCUGGAUUUGGCGAGAAGCUCUCCCCCCUGCUUGUUCUCUGGGGCUCCUUUGGGAAGCUUUCAUGGGAUUUAUCUUGUCCUGCUGGAUGGCACGGAGCUCUCUGCCUCUCUGAAAAGAGUCCACAGAGAAAACAUACAUUACACGGAUAAGAAGUAAAAUAAUUAUCCAAUCACAGCACAAGCAGGCAGACCGGGUUCCCUUAGCAACAACUGAAGGAGACGAGAGAAUCCUUUUCUCUUUCUGCUCCUUUGGUUUUUGGGCACACCCCUGUGGACUGCUGUGGGUCAGUCUUUUGAGAAAGGACUUCAAAAACAUUUUUACAUAAGACAAGCUAUCACCGAAAUUCCAGAGGAAGGUGCUCAUUUGCCUUCAAGUCAGCUUGUUACUGUGUCUCAUUGGCACAAUGAGUUUUUUGUUAUGCCUCCACAAAUUCGCAUCGCAAGUCACACUGCACUGGCUUAGAAAUCACUUCAUUUUGAUCCCACGCCACCUGGAAUGAGCCGUGCAUUUUGGGGGAGAAUUUGACACUGUGUGAAAAGACCCACUUUUACAUUUCUCCCUGUCAUGGACAAGAAAUGAAGGACAACAUGAUUAGGUCAUCAACUGCGAAGAAAAUGGAUGAGAAGCAGAGUUUAUUUUGAUGUGAGUUUCUACUGAGAGUCUUUUUUUUUUCUCAGAGGAGGUUACACCACACUUGACAGAGGAAUAAUCUCUUUUUUAAACAGGAGCUGUCCUUUCUGUCUUUUAAACAGUAGCCCUCACUAAUGGACUAUUUUUAGAAGGCAAAUCUUGGCCCGCUACCAAUAAAAUAGAACACGAUCAUUUUGAGAAUCGAGCCACUGCUGGGAGUUUUCUUUUUCUAUUUCAAAAAGGUUAUCGUGAACCCUUUUCCUGUUUUCACUUUUGUAUGUUAGCCUGCCAUUAUGCCACUGUGUUUUACAUGUAAAAAAGAGUGUACAGGACAAAUGGAAGAAAGAAAAAGUCUUUUCCCUGUAUAGACAGGCAUUUUAAAUAGCAUCUCCUUGAGAACAAUUUCAAAUAUAUACACUGACACAUGAGAUGAGUUGGCUCAACGUGAUUAUGUAAGAGUUUCAUACCAGCUUUAGCCCAUGAAUUUUCCCUCUUCUUUUUCGAUGGAUUUACAGCAUUUGACUUUUCCCAUGCUCCUUUUCUCUUCAUUUUUGGAAGUGUCUUCAAGAAGGCAUGGAUGCCAGAGUGUGACCCUGUGCCGAGAGUGCUGGCGAGGCAAGGUGUUUUGGCUGCCGAGGUGCUUUUAAGAUGUUGAGGUCUCCCUGCGUGGCCGGGGCCCCUGUUCGGAUCAGUAGCACUGAGGCUCCUUGUAGCCAAAGACAUGGACCCCGACUCGGCUCCCCCACGCCCUCAGCCUGUUGGCCACUGGCUCCACGUCACCCUGUAAAGGAUGUCCCUCAGCAGAGCUCCGGCCCGGGACACCUCUGAGACCCCCAGCCCGAGAGAACGCAUCCGCAGCCACAUGAAGAUGGUGAUUGAUCAGCUGGAAGGAAUUCUCAAAGAGCUCAAGGAUGUGGCCAAGGAACUCCGGGAGGUGGUGGGUCAAAUCGAUAAACUAACGUCUGACUUUGACUUUGACCUGGAGCCAGAUGACUGGACCGUGGCCACAGCCAGCAGCACGUCCAGCAGUGAGCGGGGCUUGGGAGAGGCCUUCCGAUUGGACUUCCUCAAUGCAGAUGUCCUUUCUGACAGCUGGGAGUUCUGCAGUUAUCUGGAGGCUGCUGGUGCAGCCGCUCGCAGAUCUUGCGGGCAACCAGGAGAUCCACAGCAGGAGAUGGGUCGUGGGACCAACCUCACCCAAACACAAACCCCCACCCCACCCCCCACCACUGCGUCUGUCUACUCUCAGAUGAAUGGCGGACUGCCCAUUCCCAAUGGGCCACGCAUUAUUACUCCAGAUUCAUCGAGCGAGGAGGCCAGCAGCUCCACGCACAGCCACAAGACUUCCCGUACCUCUGGCACAAGAGAAAGAGUCCGCUUCAGUGACAAAAUUCUGUACCAUGCAUUGUGCUGUGACGAUGAUGAAGAGGAGGAGCAAGAGGAGUUACAAGAGGAUAAGAGUGGCUAUGCUACACCAGAUAGCGAUACUGAGCCCAGCCUCCUGGCCAGCUCAGUUGCCCCCAAACGUUCUUCCUCUGAGCACUCACUCCUCCAUAACUGUCUGGACCCUUCAUAUGUCUCCUCACCUGUGAAGGGGACGACAGGAGCUCACACACUACCCAGGAAAGGUCUCUUAAACCCCGGCUGCCGCAAAAAACUGUUACGAAAUAGCAGCACACAAACUGUCUCUGACAAGAGCACCCAAACUGUACUGCCCUAUAUUCCAACCAAACAGAAAACAAAGGACCACUGAGAAAGCCCGAAGUUUAUCGUAAAAUCUCAUGAAGGACUGUGCAUUAUUUAAUAUUAAAUACAUAGCUCAUAGAUUAAUACACAAAUAAAUUAAUUACUAAAUAAAUAAAUGAUAUAUGGGAAAUCACUUGACUACAUAAAGUCAUUCUGAGGCUCAGGGAAAACACGAUGAAUUGAAGUCAAACAGAUCAAAAGGGUGAAAAGUUAGAGGCAGAUCAAAAGGUUCUAAUUUUAAAACACAUACUGAGUGGACUCACCAUGUUGGAUUAUUUCAAAUGAUUUCAAAGAUUUAAAAAAAAAUCAUUUUUACCAGAACAUUUAAGUGCUCAAAAUCACAAGAAUAAAAAUAUGAAAAGUUUAUUUUCCACUCCUCACACCACACUAUAACUUAAAAAUUGCUAUAAUGUGGAUACAGAAGGUUGCUCAUUCUGUACUGAAUCUGUAUAAACACUGUCUUUUUUCAUGUUCCAGGAUUUUAAAUGUUAAUGAGAUGGUUGCUUCCAGCAGGGAUAUGUAUCUGGAUGCACAUGUCAAGCCUCUUCUUCUCACUGAUGUCAACAAAUGAUUCUGAGUGAAGAGCCGGAGAACAACACUAUUUAUCUGCCCUUGAUUUUAUAAACACCAAAUUCGGCGCUCUUCUCGAUCUGCUGGAGAAGCUGCAACACAUAACAUAAAACUGACAGAAAGGGGGGGGGAAAAGAAAAGAAAAACAGAUAUAUACAUUGUCAUUUCAGAAGGUGCGGUUUACAAAGGUGCCAUUUUCAAUUUUUUUCUUCCUACCGGUGACGUCAUUAGGCUUAGGAUUUGAGCUGAAUAGCGGUCCACAAAAAAGUGCUAAAGGUUUUUGUCUCUUCAUUCAGUUGCCCAGUGGGGAACUGAACUCAAUAGAGCAGCAUUUUAUUCACAGGGCUGACGCCAAUAAGCAUUCCUGAUCAAUAUGUUCGAGGGAGGUUGCAGUGAGAAGUCUCUCUGCUGAGCAUGCAUGCCACUCUCCUGGGAUCUCUGAACAAAAACUCACAGUCAGAUUUAUUUACUUACACUAAGCGAAACAAAAAUUAGAACUGUUGCCCUAAAGAACUGACAUUUCAAAAACUGUGUGUCCAAGAGUGAGAGUUGAUGGUGAAAAAACAGAGACCGUUAACGUUCAAAGAUUUUCUUCUACAAAGCAAUAAUCUACCCUGGGGAACAGCUUUGUGAGUAUGGUCCCUGACUUGGAGUUUCAAAAGAAAAAGUUAAAUGUUGCAGUCUUUAUAGGAAAACCUUCUUUGUCUCCCAUGAAGCUGACCUUUUUGCCUCUGAUGACCAUAACCUUUCACGGUAGGAAGACUCUGCUUGCAGUAUACUAUUCUACCAUACACUCUCUUAUUCCACUUAAUAAAAAAAACAAAACAUGAAAUAUUGCAAAAAAUAUGAAGUAAAUAAGCUUUGUAUUCAAAGGAUCACCCUAAAAGACUGACUUUAUAAAGAAUUAUUCCACAUUCCCAAGUUGGUGUUGUUUAUUAGCAUAAACAAACAAAGCUAU